GACGUGUGCGGGCGUCUCCGCCAUCUUGUGAGUCUAUAACUCGGAGCCGUUGGGUCGGUUUCUGCUAUUCCUGCGCCUCCGCUCCGUCCCCCGCGGGUCUUCUCUGUGUGCCAUGGACGGCAUCGUCCCAGACAUAGCAGUCGGUACAAAGCGGGGAUCCGACGAGCUCUUCUCCACGUGUGUCAGCAACGGCCCCUUCAUCAUGAGCAGCUCGGCCUCAGCAGCCAACGGAAAUGAUAGCAAGAAGUUCAAAGGUGAUAACAGGAGCACAGGAGUUCCUUCCAGAGUCAUCCAUGUCCGAAAGCUACCUAGUGAUGUCACUGAGGGCGAGGUCAUCUCCCUGGGGCUACCCUUUGGGAAAGUUACCAACCUCCUUAUGCUGAAGGGGAAGAACCAGGCCUUCAUUGAAAUGAGCACAGAGGAGGCUGCCAACACUAUGGUUAACUACUACACAUCGGUGGCGCCAGUGCUUCGUGGACAGCCCAUCUACAUCCAGUUCUCCAACCACAAGGAGCUCAAAACCGACAGCUCGCCCAACCAGGCACGUGCCCAGGCAGCCCUGCAGGCUGUGAACUCUGUACAGUCAGGAAACCUGGCCUUGGCAGCCUCUGCUGCUGCCGUGGAUGCAGGAAUGGCAAUGGCAGGCCAGAGCCCAGUGCUCAGGAUCAUUGUGGAGAACCUUUUCUACCCAGUGACACUGGACGUGCUGCACCAGAUCUUCUCUAAGUUUGGCACAGUCCUGAAGAUCAUCACGUUCACCAAGAACAACCAGUUCCAGGCGCUGCUGCAGUAUGCUGACCCUGUGAGCGCCCAGCAUGCCAAGCUGUCCCUGGAUGGCCAGAACAUCUACAAUGCCUGCUGCACACUGCGCAUCGACUUCUCCAAGCUCACCAGUCUCAACGUCAAAUACAACAACGACAAGAGCCGAGACUACACACGCCCUGACCUGCCCUCUGGAGACAGCCAGCCAUCACUGGACCAGACCAUGGCAGCAGCCUUUGGUGCGCCCGGCAUAAUGUCAGCCUCUCCGUAUGCAGGAGCCGGGUUCCCUCCCACCUUUGCCAUCCCUCAGGCCGCAGGCCUCUCUGUUCCUAAUGUCCAUGGAGCCCUGGCACCCCUGGCCAUACCCUCUGCUGCUGCUGCUGCUGCUGCAGCCGGCCGCAUUGCCAUUCCAGGGCUGGCAGGCGCCGGGAAUUCCGUCCUUUUGGUCAGCAACUUGAACCCUGAGAGAGUCACACCCCAAAGCCUCUUUAUUCUCUUCGGCGUCUACGGUGAUGUGCAGCGGGUGAAGAUCCUGUUCAACAAGAAGGAGAACGCACUUGUGCAGAUGGCAGACGGCAGCCAGGCCCAGCUGGCCAUGAGCCACCUGAACGGGCACAAGCUGCAUGGGAAGUCAGUGCGCAUCACCCUGUCAAAGCACCAGAGUGUGCAGCUGCCUCGUGAGGGGCAGGAGGACCAGGGCCUGACCAAGGACUAUGGCAGCUCACCACUGCACCGCUUCAAGAAACCUGGCUCCAAGAACUUCCAGAACAUCUUUCCUCCCUCAGCUACCCUGCACCUCUCCAACAUCCCGCCCUCUGUGUCAGAGGAUGACCUCAAGAGCCUCUUCUCCAGCAAUGGCGGUGUGGUCAAAGGCUUCAAGUUCUUCCAGAAGGACCGCAAGAUGGCACUGAUCCAGAUGGGCUCUGUGGAGGAGGCAGUGCAGGCACUAAUUGAGCUGCACAACCAUGACCUGGGCGAGAACCACCACCUGCGAGUGUCCUUUUCCAAGUCCACCAUCUAGGUGCCUGUGGGCCUGCGAAAGCUUCCGCCAUUCCAGAAAAGCCACUUUAAAAAGCAGCUGAAGUGACCUUACAGACCAGAGAUUUUAUUUUUUUAAAGAGAGAUCAGUUUACCUGUUUUUAAAAAAAUUAAAUCUAGCCCACUUUGCCGUGGCAGGAAAUGGCUUGGGCCACAGAGGCCCAGUCCCAGCAACCAUGCCUUGAGGGGCUUAGGCGUGAGGCCACAGCGGUGCCCCGAACACAGCCGCUUUCUGUGCCUUACAAAACCAGCGUGCCUCGUGGCCGCACACCCACCCUCUAAGGCCACCAGUUGUCUCUAGACCUGCAGUGAGCCAGGCAGCCUAUACUUAGGCUCCCCAAUGCCGUGUAAGAGCUGGGGCCACUCCCCUACACCCUUAUAAUCAAGUGACAUGAUUCUCCCAUGUCCCUGGCCAGCCCAGAGGGCCCAGGCCGUCCUCAGCUGCCGAGCCUUGUGUGACCUUUGUAUUCUAUUCCGUGGGGUCACAGACACCUGUGCCUAGCAAUCUUUCCACUUGACCAAAUACCCGAGUCUUUUCCAUUUAUAUGCAAGAGAUAGAGUUUUUAAGUAACUUUUUAUAGCAGUGGUACAAUUGUAUGUGUGUACUCUAAGCUUCUCUGUCCCCUGCACUCCUUCCUUCCAGUGACCAACUUGCAGGUGGGCCCAGGCCAGGGCUGGAGAAGAAGCUCUGAGGCUUGUGGGUGUCCUACCUUCAAAUUUUGGACCAAAGUUUUGUUUUCUGCCCGCCUCUGACUAUGCCCAGUUGAGGGGCUAACCUCUAGGCCUUAAUGUCCUUCCUGGACGCCCACCUCCAUCCUAGCCUGUUUCUAUGGGAGGGGUUCCCUGCACCUCAGUUCUGUGAAAGUCAUGGAAGAGUGUAAAUAUUUAUGAUUUUAUACCUGUGGGGCUGAGGCGGUGCAGCAUUUUUUAUGGUGACAGAUGUAUAUUUUGGUAACGACUACAGGCUCAGUAUUGUCCUGGGGCCAGCCCUGGCCACAUCUACCCCAGCCCAGAUGGUGUAUUGGGGGGAGGGGGACUUUCCAUUAAAGCAGUUUUAUAACCUUUGCCUUCCCUGAGCCCUUCAUUCUGAGCUGUAGGCCAGGCUGGGCCUGGAGUCAAUAAACAACUGUGUCUUGCA